AAGAAGCAGACGCUAGCUAGCAGACAACGUAAACACUGGCACGUCUCUGCGUAGAUUUAGCAGUUUAGCAUUUGAUUUCUUUUGCUUCUGUUUUAUUGUAUAACAUCUACACGAUGCGGUAGAGUAGCCAAGAGUCUCCAGGUGCGCCAUGUUUGUUUGGAUCUGGGAAUAACCACGGCCUUGAAGCUGUCCUGCUAACGGAUGCCCAUGAUUCAGCUGGAGAAACCAGUGCUGACUGGUACCAUGCCCGUGGUCUGGCCCACCAUCCUGGACCUGGGCAGGGAUGAGUGCAAAAGAAUUCUCCGAAAACUCGAGCUGGAGGCUUACGCUGGGGUUAUCAGCGCCCUGCGAGCCCAGGGAGACCUGACAAAGGACAAGAAGGAUUUGCUGGGAGAACUCACUAAAAUCCUUGGUAUCUCAACAGAGCGCCAUCGAGCUGAGGUCCGCAGGGCUGUCAACGAUGAACGCCUCACCACCAUUGCAUAUCACAUGUCAGGUCCGAACAGCUCGUCCGAAUGGUCCAUUGAAGGACGGCGGCUUGUCCCCUUGAUGCCGAGGCUGGUCCCCCAGACGGCGUUCACUGUGACUGCUAAUGCUGUGGCCAGUGCAACGGCCAAUCAGAAUGCCUCCCUUCUGUUGCCGGCGGAAACGGGAAACAAAGAAGUGGUUGUGUGUUAUUCCUACACAAGCACCACCGGCACCUCCACCAGCGCCACAGCCACCAGCGGCGCCAUAGGAGCAACUGUGAAAUCCCCACGACCGCCCAGUCCCUCAUCCAACGUGGUGGUGCUGCCCAGCGGGAGCACCGUCUAUGUGAAGAGCGUGAGCUGUUCCGACGAGGACGAGAAGCCUCGCAAGCGCAGGCGGACAAACUCGUCCAGCUCGUCGCCGGUGAUGCUGAAGGAGGUCUCCAAGGUGAUGCCGCCGGUGUCCAAGAACAUCACGGUGCCGGUGAGCAGCCCCAAGAUGAGCAACAUCAUGCAGAGCAUCGCCAACUCGCUGCCGCCCCACCUGUCCCCCGUCAAGAUCACCUUCACCAAGCCCACCAUCCAGACCACCAACACCACCACGCAGAAGGUGAUCAUCGUGACAACUUCUCCCAGCUCCAACUUUGUGCCCAACAUCCUGUCCAAGUCUCACGCCCACAACAAUGCCGCUCUGUCCAAGCUGGUCUCCACCUCCAUGCUGACCGCCACCGCCCAGAAACAGACGGUGGUCUUCCCAGCCAGCGCCAGCACGGCAGCCAACACCGUCGCCGUGACCACGAUGGUCUCCUCUACUCCGUCAGUGGUCAUGUCAACAACAUGUGCUUCUUCAGCUGGAGUGAAGAUGGCUUCAGCCAGACUUCCUUCUCCUAAGACCCUGAUGGGAUCGCCGGCUCAGAUCCUGGCCCAGUUCCCCAAACAGCAGUCACCCAAACAGCUGCAGCAUAGCUCGGCUAUGGGGGUCUGCCAGACCCAGACCACCACCACCUCGCCGGGCUCCAAGCCCACCAUUCAGAUCAAACAAGAGUCCGGGGUCAAGAUAAUCACUCAGCAGGUGCAGCCCAGCAAAAUCCUGCCCAAGCCUUCGUCGGUGGCUUUGUCCAGCAGCAGCUCGUCUCCCAUCAUGGUCGUCAGUAGCAACGGAGCCAUUAUGACCACCAAACUGGUCACUCAGUCCACAGCUACCCAGGCCACCUACACCAGACCCACUGUGAGCCCCAGCCUCGGCGCCAGAAUAUCAGCCUCCGGCGGUGGCACCACCUACGUCAAGACCACCAGCGGCAGCAUCAUCACAGUGGUGCCCAAGUCUCUGGCCACGCUGGGCGGCAAGAUCAUCAGCAGCAACAUCGUCUCCGGCACAACGACUAAGAUCACCACCAUCCCCAUGACCUCCAAGCCAAACGUCAUAGUGGUGCAGAAAACCACAGGAAAAGGAGCGACCAUCCAAGGACUACCCGGCAAGAAUGUGGUCACCACACUUCUAAACGCCGGGGUGUUGCCAAAGUUUGAAACCUUCACAUCCUACACAAAGGGUGAGAAAGGCCUGCAGGCUGUUCAGGGCACCAAACCAGCGAUCAUCACCGCCUCCAGACCCAUCACCAAGAUGAUCGUCACCCAGCCCAAAGGCAUGAGCUCUGGCUCCCAGGCCACCGCCACCAAGAUCAUCCCAACAAAGAUCGUCUACGGCCAGCAGGGCAAGACACAGGUUCUCAUCAAGCCUAAGCCCGUCUUCCAGACGGCGGUGGUGAGCGAACAGACCCGGCAGCUGGUCACCGAGGCGCUGCAGCACGUGACCCGCUCGGCAGAACUCGCGCAGAGUCAGGCCAUGAGCCAGGACGGGUCCACGAAGGACGACUCCGGAAGCUUAGCCGGCGAGUCGUCCCACAGCGGCGCUCAAGAGCCUCAGCCCGUAGUGCACGUGAUGUCCUCCAGAGAGCAUGACUGGACAGAGCAGGAAAUAUCAGUGGAGUCCAGCCCCACCAUUAUCUACCAGGAGGUGUCUGCUGGGGAUUCCCAGUCCGCCGCUUCCACCAUCAAAGCCCUGCUGGAGCUUCAACAGACAGCAGUGAAAGAGAAGGCGGAGUCCAAACCCAGACAGCACACCAUCGACCUGAGCCAGAUGGCCGUGCCCCUCCAGCUGGCCCAGGAGAAGAAGCCCAGCCCGGAGUCCCCGAGGCCGUCCACCUCAGAGGCUGAACCCAGCACUGAGUACGUCACAGCAGGUAAAGUCAGCAGCAGAGUGGGGGGGGUGCCCUCCGAGGAUGACAACGUGGUCAUGUCCUCCAGCCAGCAGCUGGGGAAGCCCUACAAAAUAUGCAGCCAGGUUACCGUGGUUACCAAACCCGCUGCCACCGUCGCCUCCGCAGCCGCAGCCACGCACGUCAGCCACGUGCCCUCUGACAGCCACGGUAAAAGCGACACCGUGUUGGAGGUGGGCGAGCUGGAAGGCGACACCUUGGACCCCCAAACGGGCUUGUUUUACCGCUCCAGCCAACCGGCUACGGAUCCCGUGAGACAAACCCCCCACUCUGCAGCCGCUCAGCCGCCUCCCUCGAGCCAGGCAGAGGCCGAGCAGAGUCGGCUCACCUCCACCUCCACCUCUGUGCAGCCGCCGCCACAACUGCAGAGCAAACCUCAAAUCAGCCAGCCUUCCUCUUCCUCCGCCGCCUUCCCCUCCACCCUCCCUCUGACGAAGAAACUACCGAAACUACGGGAGCAGAUUCAGCCCAAACCCCAGGCCUUGACCCUGAGCCCCAAAGACAGACCACUGACCGCACCAGCCCAAGUCGUGGCAAAGGUCAUGACCCCGAGCACACCAACCAAGCCCCUGUUGACGCCGCAGCUGCCGAAGCUCCAGCAGGCGCCCACAUCCCACCACAGACCCCUGCACACACCCAUGUCCCACCCUCCUCCACUGCAGGCGCACCACCCUGUCAGCACGGAAAAGACCACCUCCAGCCAGCAGCCAAUCAUCACACAGAGCGCCACCGUCACCAAGAUCACCUUCGGAGGCUCCCAUCAUUCGUCGCAGGUCUUCAGCAGCGGCGAGGCCACCGCCAAACUGAUCCCCGAGUCCAGCUCCAGGCCGUCGGGGGACAAGCCCUCGGUGUCGGACAUCCUGAAGAUCUCCAUGAUGGAGGCGGAGAUCGAUCCGAGCACGGAGCCAAUGGUGGUGGAUUCAUCCAGCGACUGCGGCCCUCUGGGAAAAGCCCUGGAGGUCCAGGCCGUGUCAGGCACGCUGGACUCGGGCCAGUUCAUCAGCAGCUCUGGGGCCUCCAUGCAUCAUCCCCACACAAAGUCCCAGCAGUUCAGCUGCAUGCAGGGUCUCACAGCACAGAGGAGCAAAGAGGACCUGGAGGUCAUUGAGGUGAUUCCUCAGUACUCCAUCCUGCCGGACUCCAGCCAGUCCAACGUGGUGGUGGAGCCCAGCGGCUUCCUGGAGAUCACCAACUACACCAGCCAGCAGCUGGAGGAGGACAGCCCCAUGGAGCAGGAGGUGGACAGCAGCAACGACGAGGCCGCGGCCGCCAGUCCCCCGACCAACCGUAGACACUCCAGGCCGGAGGCACCGGUGGUUUGAGACCCGGUGGACAAAAGACUUUCUGGCUGUCUUUUUUUUUUUUUUUUUUUUUUAUAGUGCAAGAGCAAAAAAAAUGCUGUCUGUUUUUUGUUUUUUUUUGUAAAAUAUUAGUUUUACUUCUUUUCUUCAGCACAACUAAUGGGACAUGUGUUUUUUAUUGCCGGCGAGGAGCGCUGGAGGGAAAACAAAGGUGCGAGGUGAAAGGAUUAGUUUUAGUGCAGCAACAGACCGUUGGAAACGCAGCCUCUCAAAACAAACCUUCCAGGACAGUUGCACAUCCAUGAAAUUGAUUAUUUGGAAGUUUUGGCACCGUGCCACUGUACGUCCUUUCUGUAACAUACAGUCGGAUCAAACCACUACAGUCCUGCAUUAAUAUGUUGCAUUUAUUGUCCAGAGUAUUUCAAAUAUAUGUUCCCCAAUUUUGUGUACAAAGCGACUCUGCCGUUGAUGGACAUCUGAAGGUUUUUCUACCAGAUGAACAGUAUUUCUUUUGACUGAGGUGCAGUUUUUUAACAGUGAAAUCUCAUAAAAUGCUUUUGGGACUUUUCAGAAGACAGAACAAAGCUGGAGCAGAUUGAAACUGCUGCGUGGAAGGAACAUAAACCAGACAACAGUCCUGGAGGAAGGAUAACAUAUGUGUUACUGUUCAUUGUAACUGAUGUGAUGUAAAAAGAAAACAUUAACAAAUGUACCUUUUUUUUGUAAGAUAUAUUCUGCAGUUUAAAAAAGGUUGCUGUGAGAAAAUAUGCAUUUGCUUCUGCAUAGUGUUUGAAACUAUGCAUUUAUUUUAUACCUUUUCAAACUAGAUGACUAGUUGAGACAUACAAAUCAUUUAAUCUGCACAAUAAAUCCGCUGAGUAGAACAUGUCAGUUUAUACAGCUUUAUUGGUCGCAAACAAAAUGAGCUUUUUGGAUGUAGUAAGACAAAAUGAGAGAUUAACAGUGUGAUGCUUUGAAUCUUCAGCUUUCUAGUGUCAAACUCUUGCGAUGCAUCAUUCUGCACGGAUUAGGUCAAACAUCAAAGGGAAGUAACCACAUGCAAAGCACAUGUUUCUGUGGAGGAGGACCUAAAAAAAAAGGACUUUUUACUGAAAUGCCUGUUAACAGGGACUCCCUACAAUACAAAGAAGUACUUCAACACUGAAAUUCUAGGAGCUUCCUCUCAUUGAGCAGUUGUGUAAGGGUGCUCUGGGUUCAAGGUUUGUGUUUUUGGUUAAAUAUGCUUGAUUCCAAAUUCAGCCGUCGCCAUGUUGAGAGCCAUGUGGAGACAAUCCCUCAGUCAUAGAUAUGCUCUGAAUUCGAUGUGCAGAUCCAUUUUUUUAUCUUAAUUUAGAUAAAUAAGCAACUAGUUUGAUUAUUAAGAAUUAAAAAAUGUACAAAUGAAUAUCAAAGCCCCUCUAAACUACACGCAUUUUAAUGUUUCACAAAAUAACAAGCCAUGUGUUAGUUUGCCAGGAGUCUUUGCUGUUGUUGGAUUCAAACCUGUGGUUUUUCCACUUCACUGGUGACAUUGCGGCCAAAUCCUGAACUACAACACGUUCAGAUUUGUAAAACGGAUUUCAUAAAGUGUUACUAGCCAAUUUUAGCCACGUACAACCAUUACAUUAUCU